AUGGUGUCGAUAGCCAGAAGGGUUGCAGCAGUCUAUAUACCAUGGUCCUUUUUCGACACCUCCGACCUCAACACUCUGAUGCCGAUGGAAGCUGUUAGCAGCGAUGUUGAAGAAGCUUUCAUUCGAUUUAUGGCAAGUAUUACAGAGGCGCCAGCACAGCAGGGGACUCACUCCGGGCCCCUGCCAACCGAUCCGCCUGCAUCAGCCUCAGGCUUCACAUACUCGUUGGCUACCGAGCAUGCCCCACCUCCAGUCGCCUUGAAUCAACCCGCCUUGCAGCCUUUGCUGCCCUCACCCUCAGGAGCCCAAUCAACGGAGCUGAUUCCAGAGAGCUCAUUCCCAUUGCCACAUGGGAUUGAGGCAUAUGCUCUAGCCAACCGCUCCGUCGCCGUUGAGGACUUCCGAGGAUAUCUUGCAGAUCUUACUGGUAUAUUUCCUCUUUAUGCGCCUAAGUCGCUCAUGAACCAUUUAUGUCCCGUUGCAAAAAUGCACGAAGAGGGAGCGCAAAGAACCAACACAGAUGUAUAUCUGUUCAUCAAUGUUCACUUCACAUCAAUCGUAAGAUACAUCCUUCCGCAUCUAGAAGAAUAUUUUGUUCAUAGUGGCUUAAUGCUCAGCUCGGACAAACGGAGGGUCAUAUACACCUCUCAAAGCAAAAUUUUGCUUCGCGAUGAAGUCUUUCUUGAUGAAACAUAUCAUCUUUGGCAGCACUUGCUCUUCGUCCCGAUCGGCCGCCCAAACACAUUUUUACUUGAGCCACUUCCAGCCGCUGUUACCUUCGGGCAAUGGUCGGCCUGGCUGGGACGCCUCGCAGAUGACCUGCCACCUAUAACUACAUUCUACCCCCGGUGGGCGCCCAAACUUGCCAUAUGCUUGAGCGCCUGCCAGAUUGCAGUGCAAUGUGAGGUCCUUUGUGGCCAAUUCUUGCACGAUGCCGAUUUGCAGGAUAUGCCAUCGCAAAAAAAUCUUAAGCCUCGAGUUGAACUCCAGCUGCGAAGAGCAUGGGACAACGUCUGCGAGGCUUUUUCGCUCCCUGAGGCUGAGACAGCAGUCAGGUGGAACGAUGCAUCGCCCAUGCUGCCCCUGGGACAAGAUCCUUUUCUAAAACCAUUGGUAGCCAUGCAAAGCGAAAUCGGGCGAAAUAUUCGCAUCAUCAUUCGCUUCAUUGUGAGGGCCUACCUGGUGCGCAACCGCGACUCUCCAGUGGAAUUUAUUGAAAAUACAUUCCAACUCUCCAUCGCCAACCUUGCAGCUGGCAUUGUGCCAGCUGUGACUUUGGAAGCAGCAGAGAAGACUAUGGUGUCGCCUAAAACAGGCUGUCCUUUUGCGCACCCACUUCUAUUCAUCGUAGUUCAUUAUCUCAUGAACCGGGGCGUGUUGCUAUCGCAACCUCUUCCUUGUGAUCCACGUUUGCCUCCGAGUGUAGCCGCCUUCUUCAGGAAAGCGACUGCCACCCAAGAGACUCCCGCUGUAUUAAUCUCCUAUGUUGCGACAGAGCUGCUAGCUGCUAUUUUGCGGGUGACAUGCGAAGAUCCAGAGGUUGCUGCAUUCCCUCCCUUCAGUGCAGCAACCAUGCAUGGGAUAAUGUUUGACCGCUACACGUUAGUCAUGCAGAUCUCGCGGUUUUCGAGUGAUGUUAAGAAGCUGGCUCGCCUGCUGAUGCGCGCAUACUCGCUGAAGCCCAGGAUGAUUGAAUAG